AUGGAUGGAUUUGUGUUAAAAGCAUCAGAAGGUGAGGUUCCCCCAGCCUACCUUGGGAACAGGCUGAGGCGGUUGCUGCUGCGCUACUACCCGCCGGGAGUUAUUCUGGAAUAUGUACAAGAUUGUGAGCCAAAGACUAGAUCUAUAGAUCUACUUGAUCUUAGACCUGACACAGAUGCCAUAGCCUUAGUAGAUGAAAUUCAAAAAGGAGAACCUCUCAUCACAGCUUCGUGCAAGGAACACGUCAUACAUUUAGUACGAAGGUUGCAAGACAAGCUAGGGGAAAAAGAGGAUCACAAGUUCUAUCUUUUUAAGGUACUUAGAGCACAUAUAUUGCCACUGACUAAUGUAGCAUUUAACAAAUCUGGUUCCAGCUUUAUCACUGGAAGCUAUGACAGAACCUGCAAAGUAUGGGAUACUGCAUCAGGAGAGGAGCUACGUACGUUGGAGGGACAUGGAAAAGUUGUCUAUGCAAUAGCUUUCAAUAAUCCCUAUGGUGACAAGAUUGCCACUGGAUCUUUUGAUAAAACCUGCAAACUCUGGAGUACGGAAACAGGAAAAUGUUAUCAUACUUUCAGAGGACAUAGUGCAGAAAUAGUGUGUUUAUCAUUUAAUCUUCAGAGCACAUUGGUGGCAACUGGAAGCAUGGAUACCACCGCCAAAUUAUGGGAUAUAGAGAAAGGAGAAGAAAUAGUCACUUUAGGGGGACACUCCGCAGAAAUUAUUGCAUUGUCUUUUAACACCACUGGAGAUAGGAUUAUCACUGCCUCCUUUGACCAUACAGUAGCAGUGUGGGAUGUUGGCACUGGCAGGAUGUUACAUACUUUAAUAGGUCACCGAGGAGAGAUUAGCAGUGCACAGUUCAACUGGGACUCUUCUCUCAUUGUCACUGGAUCAAUGGACAAAACAUGCAUGCUGUGGAAUGCUAUGACUGGGACACAUAUAGCAACUUUAGCAGGUCACAGUGAUGACAUAUUGGAUGUCUGCUUUGAUUAUGCUGGCCAGCGUAUUGCAACCGCCUCUGCAGAUGGAUCAGCGAGAGUCUAUAAUGCAGAAACAAAAAAGUGCAUUGCAAAGCUAGAAGGGCAUGGAGGUGAAAUUUCAAAGGUAUGUUUCAACCCUAAAGGCAAUCGUAUACUAACAGCCAGCUCUGAUAAAACAGCUCGACUCUGGGAUGCUGCUACUGGACACUGCCUUCAGAUAUUAGAGGGUCAUACUGAUGAGUUAUUCUCCUGUGCUUUCAAUUACAAAGGAGAUAUAAUCAUUACAGGGAGCAAGGAUAACACCUGUAGAAUAUGGCACUGA